AUGGCUUCUCCUUGUCGAAUUAUACUACGCGUGGCCCCGUCCAAGCUGGUCGCGCCGUUCCGCGUCCCAGUCUCUCGGUACCGUCCAACGGCCUUCAAGCCUGCACAGGUGCCUCAUCGUCCUUGGACGGCCUACUCGACAGCCGCCGCACCCGUCGCCACGGACGCCAACAACCCCUCGUCGGUUGAGAUCGAUGGCCGGACCUACACGCAAGACAGCUGGUACAAUGUUCCCACCAACGUGAUCGGCGCAGCGACCCGCAAGCUGCACCUGCAAAAAGACCACCCCGUGUCCAUCACGCGGCAGAUCAUCGAGUCCGUGUUCCCCGCGCCGACGUACAGAUACUACAACAACUUUCACCCCGUCGUCUCUGUCCAAGAGAACUUCGACUCCCUGGGCUUCCCGCCGGACCACCCAGGUCGCGCCCGCUCAGAUACCUACUACGUGAACGAGUCGACCCUGCUGCGAACCCACACGAGCGCGCACGAGGCAGCCAUCUUCAAGGCGAACGAGAGCGAUGGCUACCUCAUCAGCGCCGACGUCUACCGCCGCGACGAGGUCGACCGGAGCCACUACCCCGUCUUCCACCAGAUGGAGGGUGCGCGGCUGUGGGACAGGUCCAAGGUCCCCGGCGGCGACGUGGCAGCGGCGGUGUGGGCCGACCUGGACAAGCUGCCCAAGCACAGCAUCAAGGUGGAAGACCCCAACCCGCCCUUCCACGCGGAGCGCAACCCCCUGCAGGCCGGGCACCACUCACCGGAGGAGGCGGAGGCCAUCGCGGCGCACCUGAAACGGAGCCUAGAGCUGAUGGUCGUGGAGAUAUUCACGCGCGCGAAGAAGGCGGCGGCCGCGGCGGACCCGGACUACAAGGACGAGCCGCUGCGGGUGCGGUGGGUCGAGGCCUACUUCCCCUUCACAAGCCCCAGCUGGGAGCUCGAGGUGUACUACGCUGGCGACUGGCUCGAGGUGCUCGGGUGCGGUGUCACGCAGCAGAGCAUGUACGUCAAUGCUGGGCAGCCGCAGCAGCUGGGCUGGGCCUUCGGCAUCGGCCUGGAGCGCAUCGCGAUGCUGCUGUUCAACAUCCCGGACAUCCGGCUGUUCUGGUCGCGGGACCAGCGCUUCCUGGGCCAGUUCGCGGGGGUGUCCGACAACCUGGACCUGGUGCGGCGGUUUGUGCCCUUCUCGAGGCACCCAGAGUGCUACAAGGACGUCUCGUUCUGGCUGCGGUCGAGCUCCGCGGCCGGCGGGAACACGAGGGCCAACGCGCACGACUUCCACGAGAACGACCUCAUGGAGGUGGUCCGCGGCGUGGGCGGCGACGUGGUCGAGGACGUCAAGCUCGUGGACGAGUUCACGCACCCCAGGACGGGGAGGAAGAGCAUGUGCUACCGCAUCAACUACCGCAGCCUCGAGAGGACCCUGACCAACGCCGAGACGAACAAGAUGCACGACGAGGUCACCGAGGCGCUGGUGGAGAAGCUCGGUGUUGAGAUCAGGUAG